AUGGAAACAUUUUCCUCUCUCAAAGAAGGAAGAGGGGGCAUGACGACGACGGUGGAUGAAGUGAGUGAGGAGGAGCAAGUUUCCGGAGAAGAGAAACCUUCGGGUUUAGACAUGCAUUUCAACUCAUUUUGGGUCAGAGUCUAUGACCUUCCAAGUAUUCUCAUAUUAGAAGCGAUGACAAGAAAGAUUGAGAGCAUCUUGGGGACCUUUGAAGAAAUGAACCCCAAGGAUGAGCACAUGUGCGGUCGAUUCCUUCAUAUUAAAAUUAUGGUGGAUUUGAAGAAGCCGUUAAAAGAGGGGCAAUGGCUUGGGCAUUACCUAAAAGAUUGUGAAGCUCUAGGGGAUCUAAGUGAUGAAGGUUACGAGGAUGUGGAUGAACACAAAUUGUCUUAUGCAAAACCUUUGGGGAAAGUUAUAACUACUUAUGUUCCUGUAAGUAAGAGCAUUACUCUCAUUAAAGAGAAACCAAAAGGAAGAAAUAAAGUCGUCAAAAAUUGGGGAAAAAAAGCGACAAAUGAAAGAAUUAAAAAGCUAGAAGUUGAGAAAGAGAGGAGAAAAUUGGUGGACGUUAAGAUCAUGGAGGCUUCUUCGGAGAAGGUAGGAUGUUUGGGGAAGAAGAGACGCCAAGACUCAGAUUUGCAUAUUGACGGUAAGAUGAUACCAGAGGUGGUGUUGGAUGCCCAACACUGCCUAUCUCAGUGA